CUGUGCCUCCGCCGUGCAACCCUUCCUCCCUAACAUGCCAGCUCCCCUCCUAUCCUAACCACGGAGUCCACCACCACCCCCUUUUCUCAGAGUCGCAGCUGCCUGGUCAGCACGACCUCUUCCGAGCAUUCUGAGCCCCAACUUUGCAGUAAGACGGUAAAAAAUGGAAAUUCAGAAAGCUGCGAAAAGAUUUUUUUUUUUUAAUGCAAUGAAUGGGGAGGAGUUCUUUGAGCACCCUUUUAUUCACCUCUCUUUCCUCUGGGCUGCCUGCUUGCCUGCCUUCCCCUCCCCCCAACCUGGAUGCCUGUCUGCUGGAAAAGGCGCGAUUGCUUCUCUUCCUCUUCUGCCCAAGAUCAGGCACUAAGGUCUGAUACCCUUUUUAGUUACACGUGUGUCCACACUGAGUCUUCUUGAUGUUCUUGCAUUCACCAGUUCCUCUGGACAGUUCUUUGCCAUAACCCCAUUUCUCAGACAAAGGCUUAGGAGGGAAAAAGAACCAAACUGCUUCCUGUGUUUGCCAUUUUAAUGCUGUCCAUCCCCACACGCCCAAUUCCUAUCCCUGAUGUUUCUCGUGCCAGUGUCUUGAACCUUCAGGAGGAAACAAACAAACAAAAAAAAUCUCCUGGGUAGCUUGAUACAGUUUCUUUAUAAAUCUGCAUUGUUGCUUCUGGUUUAUGGCCACGAAGAAAAUACCAGCCCCCACCCAAAAUGCACCGCAGCCAAGUCGGCUAAAGGCGAUGAGUGUUGGAGUCAGUAGGGGGCGCAUUCCCUGCACUGGGUAAGGCUGCAGAGGGGGGAAGGGCCCCAGAGCUAGAACAGGAUGUGCUUCACAGCGCCUUCUACAGACCAUGGGAAAAUGGACCCAGCAAGACACACUCUCGCACUCUUAGUUGGUGAGCUGACAGCAACAUGGCGAAGGAUUAAGUGAGUCAAGAGCGGUGAUUUUAUUUCUUUUAAAGAAUCCACCCAGCAUUUUAGAAGUUCUGUCUUUUGACUUGUUCAGAACUGUUGACCCUGACAAUCCACAUUUGUUCUUGGCACAUCCUUGGUACACAGAUUUCCUGUUCUCUGGAAUUCUUCCACCUUAAGCUUUGAAUGUGUCACCAUGUCUUUCCAAGGUCAGGUGGUAAAGGGGAAAGUUUAAAACCUGAGAGUAAUGGGUUUGGGAGUAUUGCUGAUAACCUCCUCUCUUCACGGCCCAAAUCUUUCCAAGUCUUUGAGAGUUAAAAAUCAUUCUCGAGGGAUGUUAGAUUUCAGUGGGGUAGUAAUUUUCAUGAGCAUGUAGAUGGGUGUCAUGAUUUGCAAAGCCUUGUUGGUAAACAUCGAGCCCAUGUUGAGUUCUUCGUUGUCAAACUCAACAGAGUUGAUUGUCAAAUUUUGUUGCCUUCCAACUUUGGACUUGUAAUUGCCGUUCAUUAUCCUCAGUAGCCAACCACCUUUGCAAAAGUGUUGACACCGGUCUUCUGUGAGCACCCACCUUCUUAGGGUGUGUUGAUUUCUAUAGAUUUUACUCCUCUUGUUAUUUCCAUAGGUGUGAGAUGCACAAUGCGAAACCUAGGCCCCAGCUUUUGCACCAUGAUGCACAGGGUUGUACUUUUUGUACUGAACUGAUAGGUGGCCUAGUGGUUAUGCCCUGUACUACCAUUUUGAGGAUCUGGACUCCGUUCCUGCCUUGCUCUUUGGACCACAUUGUCAAUUCACACCGAGUGCAGGAAAAGUUCUAAUACUAUUUAUAUUAAAAUAAAACGUCACCAUGUUGAACAGAUUAAGUGUCAAAAACUAUGUUCCAACUUCCUGUCAACAAUCUUGGCAGUUUAAGAAAAGCCCGGAAAACUGUGAAAAAAAUACUUAGUGACAUUGGGUUGGAAUACUGUAAAGAACACAUAGAAGAUUUUAAACAGUUUGAACCUAAUGACUUUUAUUUGAAAAACACUACAUGGGAGGAUGUAGGACUAUGGGACCCUUCACUCACAAAAAAUCAGGACUACCGGACAAAACCUUUUUGCUGCAGUGCUUGUCCGUUUUCUUCAAAAUUUUUCUCUGCCUACAAAAGUCAUUUCCGGAAUGUCCAUAGUGAAGACUUUGAAAAUAGGAUUCUCCUUAAUUGCCCCUACUGUACCUUCAAUGCAGACAAAAAGACUUUGGAAACACACAUUAAAAUAUUUCAUGCUCCAAACGCCAGCGCACCAAGUAGCAGCCUCAGCACUUUCAAAGAUAAAAGCAAAAAUGAUGGCCUUAAACCUAAGCAGGCUGACAGUGUAGAACAAGCUGUUUAUUACUGUAAGAAGUGCACUUACCGAGAUCCUCUUUAUGAAAUAGUUAGGAAGCACAUUUACAGGGAACAUUUUCAGCAUGUGGCAGCACCUUACAUAGCAAAGGCAGGUGAAAAGUCACUCAACGGUGCAGUCCCUUUAGGUUCAAAUGCCCGGGAAGAGAGCAGUAUUCACUGCAAGCGAUGCCUUUUCAUGCCAAAGUCCUACGAGGCUUUGGUACAACACGUCAUCGAAGACCACGAACGCAUAGGCUAUCAGGUCACUGCCAUGAUUGGGCACACAAAUGUGGUGGUUCCCCGAUCUAAACCUUUGAUGCUAAUCGCUCCCAAACCUCAAGAGAAGAAGGGCAUGGGACUCCAGUCGAGAAUUGGUUCCCUUGCUUCUGGAAAUGUCCGGUCUUUGCCAUCACAGCAGAUGGUAAAUCGACUCUCAAUACCAAAGCCUAACUUAAAUUCUACAGGAGUCAACAUGAUGUCUAACGUUCACCUCCAGCAGAAUAACUAUGGAGUCAAAUCUGUAGGCCAGGGCUAUGGCGUUGGUCAGUCAAUGAGACUGGGUCUAGGUGGCAACGCACCAGUUUCCAUCCCUCAGCAGUCUCAGUCUGUGAAGCAGCUACUUCCGAGUGGAAACGGAAGAUCUUAUGGGCUUGGGUCGGAGCAGAGGUCCCAGGCACCAGCAAGGUACUCCCUGCAGUCUGCUAAUGCCUCUGCUCUCUCAUCAGGCCAGUUAAAGUCUCCCUCCCUCUCCCAGUCACAGGCAUCCAGAGUAUUAGGUCAGUCCAGUUCCAAACCUACUGCAGCUGCCACGGGCCCUCCCCCAGCCAAUACUUCCUCAACUCAAAAGUGGAAAAUAUGUACAAUCUGUAACGAGCUUUUUCCUGAAAAUGUCUAUAGUGUGCACUUCGAAAAAGAACACAAAGCGGAGAAAGUCCCAGCAGUAGCCAACUACAUUAUGAAAAUACACAAUUUCACUAGCAAAUGCCUCUACUGUAAUCGCUACUUGCCCACAGACACCCUGCUCAACCACAUGUUAAUUCAUGGCCUGUCUUGUCCAUAUUGCCGUUCAACUUUCAAUGAUGUGGAAAAGAUGGCGGCACACAUGCGGAUGGUUCACGUUGACGAAGAGAUGGGACCUAAGACAGAUUCUACUUUGAGUUUUGAUUUGACAUUGCAGCAGGGUAGCCACACUAACAUCCAUCUCCUUGUAACCACAUACAACCUGAGGGAUGCCCCAGCUGAAUCUGUUGCUUACCACGCCCAAAAUAACCCUCCAGUCCCUCCAAAGCCACAGCCAAAAGUUCAGGAGAAGGCCGAUAUCCCUGUUAAAAGUUCACCUCAAGCAGCAGUGCCCUAUAAAAAAGAUGUCGGGAAAACCCUUUGCCCUCUUUGCUUUUCAAUCCUCAAAGGACCCAUAUCUGACGCACUUGCACAUCACCUGCGAGAGAGGCACCAGGUUAUUCAGACGGUUCAUCCCGUGGAAAAAAAGCUCACCUACAAGUGCAUCCAUUGCCUGGGUGUGUACACCAGCAACAUGACCGCCUCGACUAUCACUCUGCAUCUCGUUCACUGUAGGGGUGUCGGAAAGACCCAGAAUGGCCAGGAUAAGACAAACGCACCCUCUCGGCUUAAUCAGUCGCCAGGCCUAGCACCCGUGAAGCGCACUUACGAGCAAGUGGAAUUUCCCUUGCUGAAAAAGCGAAAGUUAGAUGAGGAUAGCGAUUCGCCCAGCUUCUUUGAGGAGAAGCCCGAGGAGCCUGUUGUGUUAGCUUUAGACCCCAAGGGUCACGAAGAUGAUUCCUACGAAGCCAGGAAAAGCUUCCUAACGAAGUAUUUCAACAAACAGCCCUAUCCCACCCGGAGAGAAAUUGAGAAGCUGGCUGCCAGUUUAUGGUUGUGGAAGAGUGACAUUGCUUCCCAUUUUAGCAACAAGAGGAAGAAAUGUGUCCGAGACUGUGAAAAGUACAAGCCCGGUGUGUUACUGGGCUUCAACAUGAAAGAACUAAACAAAGUGAAGCACGAGAUGGAUUUUGAUGCCGAGUGGCUGUUUGAGAAUCACGAUGAGAAGGAUUCCAGAGUGAAUGCUAGUAAAACUGCUGACAAGAAGCUCGGCCUUGGGAAGGAAGAGGACAGCUCCUCAGACAGUUUUGAAAAUCUGGAAGAAGAAUCCAAUGGAAGUGGUAGCCCUUUUGACCCUGUGUUUGAAGUUGAGCCUAAACUCCCUAACGAUAACCCGGAGGAACACAUACCGAAGGUCCUUUCUGAGGAUGCUUUAGAAUCGGAGAAGCUAGACCAAAAAGAGGAGGAUGGUUCAAAGUAUGGAACUAUUCAUUUGACUGAGGAACCAACCAAACUAAUGCAUGAUGCUUCUGACAGUGAGGUUGACCAGGAUGAUGUUGUUGAGUGGAAAGACGGCGCUUCUCCGUCUGAGAGUGGUCCUGGUUCCCAGCAGGUGUCAGACUUUGAGGACAACGCGUGUGAAAUGAAACCAGGAACCUGGUCUGAUGAGUCUUCCCAGAGUGAAGAUGCAAGAAGCAGUAAGCCAGCUGCCAAAAAAAAGGCUACCGUGCAAGGUGACAGAGAGCAGUUGAAAUGGAAGAAUAGUUCCUAUGGAAAAGUCGAAGGGUUUUGGUCCAAGGACCAGUCACAGUGGAAGAAUGCAUCCGAAAAUGAUGAGCGCUUAUCUAACCCACAGAUUGAGUGGCAGAAUAGCACAAUUGACAGUGAGGACGGGGAGCAGUUUGACAACAUGACUGAUGGGGUUGCUGAGCCGAUGCAUGGCAGCCUCGCCGGAGUUAAACUGAGCAGCCAGCAGGCCUAAGUGCCAGGCUCUCUGGCAUCGGGGACCUGCUGCAGCCCGGAACUCUGCUCUCCUGGCGGCAGGACUGCACAGCUGUACUCUCACUGGCACUGCCUUCUGAGCGCUGGGUCAUCGGGCUGUGGGGACGCGUGGCCGCUGCAGCCCGGUGGUGGUUUCCAAGUCUGUGACACACGAUCGGCUGAUCGGGCUUCA